CCUCACUUAGGUGCACACACGAUCAAGAGAUUGAACAAGAAAUUGAACUCAAAAGGGUGGAAAAUAGAAACAUUAACAAAGUAAAGUCAGUUAACCUGGCUCCCAAUUUGUAGCUUUAAGCAGAUGAUUCAUCUAAGCAAGCAACACAAACCGGAGCCUGCAAAUAAAGAUAUCAAAACUAUUAAAUCCAUUGCAAUUGCCAGAAAUCAUGGCUUCAAGGGGGAAAAGUGAGACAGACAAAUUAAAACACAACUUAGAAGAACAACUUGACAGACUCAUGGCUCAGUUGUCAGAUUUAGAAGAAUGCAAAGAUGAUCUAGAUGAAGAAGAAUAUGAAGAAACAAAGACGGAAACUUUGGAACAACUGAAAGAGUUUGAAAAUACAUUGAAAAAGAUGAUUGCUGGGGAUAUGACACUAGUGGAUCAUUUGAAUAACAUGCAACUGGCAAUCCAAGCAGCUAUAAGCGAAGCAUUCAAAACACCCGAAGUCAUAAAAUUGUUUGCAAAGAAGCAGCCUGGGCAGCUGAGGCAAAGGCUAUCUGAUUUGCAACGUGACCAAAAUCUCGGCAAAAUCUCGCAAGAUGCAUAUAGUCAACAGGCUGUAGAGAUUUUAGCUGCUUUACGAAAACUUGGCGAAUCAUUAACUUCAAAAGAACUCGAUUUCCUGCAAAGAAAUACGAGCCAGGCAUUACAGAGUUUCGAAAAGGUCACGGAGGAGUCAGGUUCAGGAAAGAAUAUGCUUGCUGUCGCUGGAUCACAGGUGGAAAAUGCAGAGAACUAGCAAAAGAUAAAAACUUCACCAGAAAUGUCACACCAUUUGAAUGAUGGGAAAAGUAUUAUUAUUUAUGAUCAAUGCAAUGCAUUAAAUGAAUGAUUUGUAUGCUUGAUUUGUAAUUGGUAAUUUGCAUAAGUAAUGCUAUCCUCUUUUUGUAAAAGUAACAUAGCUUUGUACACUAAUAUUUUCAACUACUAGACUCGAUCUUCUUCCAUCCCUACACCUCUCAUUCUCUCGCUUUUCUUCGCUUUUUCCUUUGUCACUUAUUGCAUCCUUUUAAUGUUUAGAUGUUAAUAUGUAGCCUAAUGCGUUCCCAGUAUUAUGUACUAGGCAAAGAAAUAUUUUGGUUAUUACAUACGGAAUGAAAUAGCUAUUGCCCACCUGAAGUUUGGCAACCGUUUGUCACAUGGAUAAAAGUCUUUUUCUUCUUAGAUUCUCUGCACCUAAGAAGUAUUGCGAAGAAAUAACGUUAAUGAAAUUGCUGGCUUUAAUAGGAUAUUUGACACCCUAGGAAAGUAACGGCUUAUGGAAAAUUAUUAAGCAAUUUAUAAACUCGAUGUCUCGCCAAAAUUUCACUUUCCAGCGACAAUAAAGAGUGCAAAAAACAGAAUAUGCACUUUUGUAUAAUUUUACGAUAUUAGUUUAUGACAUAUAUUAAACUUCUGAUGGCUUUCAAUGCACUAGCAAUAAUUCGUUAAAAAUGGUGCAUUGACAAACCCGAAAGAGUGACGUAUGUUUGUGAUUUUGGAAUUGGUACGAUGUAUUGGAAAUGCCAAUCAAAGCUAUUCUUACACUAUAAAAAACAUUUUCGAAUAUUUUCAUUGCAUUAACAACAGCUGGUUGUGAUGUUUGAUGGAUAAUUGCAAAGAUAUACAGCUUAUUUGACCUGUGUAUUGUAGUAUUUGAUUGGUUUUUUUGUUUGAAACUCGCACUUGAGAUUUUGGGAGUUUUAUUUAAGUGGCAGUAGCAUUUUUUGACAUUUUAGUGUGAAUAUUUAUACUGAAGAUACGAUUAAUACAAAUGUAUUACUUUCAAUUUCCGUCAACUACUCAUUUUGAAAUCAAAAA